CACUUCCGGCCCCGCCAUCGUCCGUCCGCUCGGGCCCGUCGCAGUUCUGGUUUUCUUUCCCACCCUGCCCAGGAGGCAAGGUGAUGGCAGCUCCAUUCGUGACGCUCAGGUCUCAGGAGGUGGUGACAUUUGAGGAUGUGGCAGUGUAUUUCACUGAGGAGGAAUGGGAUCGAUUACACCCUGGUCAGAGGACCCUCUACCGGGACGUGAUGCUGGAGAAUUACGUGAAUGUCACCUCGCUUGGGAUUCCCAUCUCCAAGCCCGAUGUGAUUUCCAAGCUGGAGCAAGGGGCAAUGCCAUGGAUCACAGACCUUCAAGGUGUGGCACAUGGAGAGGACCAGGCCACCUGGGCAGGUGAUGGCAUUAAGAUUGAGAAUGAGGAGGAGCCUAUUUCAAAGCCGGAAAUGUCUGAAGACGUUGCAUCACAAUGGACUUUGUUGGCAGGAUUCCCAUGGGCCAUUCCUCAGGGGUUUGACUUUGGAGAUGUCUCUGCAUGUGAAAACAGGUUAGAGAGGAAGCAAGGUGACCCAGGGAGUUGUACCCUAUCCCAGGAGAGAGGUUUCAGCAUUAUGGGUAUAAACCCCAACCAAGUCUCUAUAGAGCAGAGAGGCCAUGAAUAUAGUGAUUAUAGGAGAAACUGUGGUCUGAGCUUCCCUUUACAUAUGGGACUGACAGUACAGGAUUUCCCUGUUCCAUAUGAAGGAGCUCCCACAGGAGGGAGAACUCAGAGACAUGAUGAAUAUAACCACAACUUUAGCCUGAAUCCAGAGUCUGUAAGACAGAGAAUCCAUAGUAGAGUAAAGCGUUAUGAAUGUAACGAAUGUGGGAAUGCCUUUAGUAAGACCUCAUAUCUUAUUGUACAUCAAAGAUUUCAUAGUGGAGAGAAACCCUAUAAAUGUAAUGAAUGUGGGAAAGCCUUCAGUCAGACCUCAAACCUUAUUGUACAUCAGAGGAUUCAUAGCGGAGAGAAACCUUAUGAAUGUAAUGAAUGUGGCAGAGCCUUCACAGCAAGGUCAGGCCUGAAGCAGCACCAGAGAAUCCAUAGUGGAGAGAAACCCUACAAAUGUAAUGAAUGUGGGAAAGCCUUCAAAGAAACUGCACACCUCAUUCAACACCAGAGAAUUCAUAGUGGAGAGAAACCCUAUAAAUGUAAUGAUUGUGGGAAAGCCUUCAGUCAGAUUUCAUCCCUCAUUGGGCAUCAGAGAAUUCAUACUGGAGAGAAACCUUAUAAAUGCAAUGAAUGUGAAAAGAACUUUAGGUGUGCUUCACACCUCAUUCGACAUCAGAGAAUUCAUAGUGGAGAGGAACCUUAUAAGUGUAGUGAUUGUGGAAAAGCCUUCAAUAAGAUUUCAACCUUUAUUCUCCAUCAGAGAAUUCAUAGUGGAGAGAAACCCUAUAAAUGUAAUGAGUGUGGAAAAAUCUUCAAGGGUACUACCCAGCUUAUUCAACAUCAGAGAAUUCAUAGUGGAGAGAAGCCCUAUGAAUGUAAUGAAUGUGGGAAAGCUUUUACUCAGAUCUCAAACCUUAUUAUACAUCAGGGAAUUCACAGUGGAGAGAAACCAUACAAAUGUAAUGAAUGUGGGAAAGCGUUCAGACUGCGCUCACAUUUUAUUACCCAUCAGAGAGUUCAUACUGGAGAAAAACCCUAUGAAUGCAAUGAAUGUGGGAAAGCCUUCAGUCAGACCUCAAACCUAAUUGUACAUCAGAGGAUUCAUAGGGGAGAGAAACCUUGUAAAUGUAAUGAAUGUGGAAAAGCCUUCAGAUGGAGCUCAGAGCUCAUAUUACAUAAAAGAAUUCAUUUUGGAGAGAAACCAUAUAAAUAUGAUGAACACGAGAAAGCCUUCAAACAGAGCUCAGAGCUUAUUUCACAUGAGAAAAUCCACACUAAAGAGUAACACUCCAGGUCUAAUAAAUGUUAGGACAGCUUCAGUCACUCUUAUAGCUUUUCAAGCCCCCCAAAAUUCACGCUAUGGCUAGACUCCAUAUAUUAUUGUAAAAGUAUUGAAGGUGAGCUUAUGUGUUUAUCUAUGACUUGCUUUGUUUUACACCAAAACCAGUGUUACAUUGCUGAUUGGCCUUCAAUCAUGUCAAUUCAGAUUCAUGCCUUGCUGCUGCCACGCUAUAGUUGAGGCCCUCAGAGGCCAUCUGUCAUAAGCAAUUGCCUAUUAACUCAUCUUCCUGCCUCCAGGCUCUACUUUUUUUUUGUUGUUGUUAUUUACCUCUUUCCCGCCUAAGGCUUUUGGAUUAACUUUGCUAUAUCAUCACUUUGAUCAUGUCUUCUAGGACCCACAUUGUUGCUGGAUUGGCUAGGCCACCACCUAGCUGACACCACCCUGCCUACUCAACUUUAUUUCUGGUUACUUCCAAAUACAAAUGCUUCCCUCAGACUGAUUACAGCCUUGGUUAGGUCUACUGAGCUGGUGGUGCCCAGGGGUACUUUAGAGAGACGUUUAGAGACAGACAAAAUGUAUUGAGAGAAAGUUGAGAUCAAGGAUUGGAAAAGAAAAGGACCAUUGAGUUUGCUUUAAUCCAAGGACGGGGAAAAGCAGUAAUUUGCUUUUUCCCUCUAGUAAUAACAGCCACCAAUGAUAUAAUACUUUGAGCACUUUCAUGAAUAUUAUCUCUUGAAUUUUACAACAGCCCUGUGAGGUAGGGUUCUAGAGGUGUUAACUCAAUUUUGCAAAUGAAACACCCUGAUAGCUUGUGAUUUGCCCGUGGUCACAUAGCUAGUGUCAGGCAAGAGUCAAGUCUAAGUCUCUUUUUUGUGCUUUCUACCAGACUUUACUGUGGAGAGGAAAGAGAGUUCUUGACUUGAGCACCCCUUUCGGGUUCUAGACUAGAGGGUAGGCUGCCCAGAAGAACCAACAGGAGCCAAGGCGGGUAUUCCCCUCUUCUGUGUCCCCUCUAAGAACCUUCUGUUGUGCCAUAAGAAGCGUAGCUGAAUUUCAAGUCAAAGAGCAUGAGUUCUAAUCCUGGCAGUUAGCAAAUAACCUUUCAGCUCCAGGGCCUUACUUGGCCUAGAUGGCUUCCAAGGCCUCUUCUACUUCUAAAUUGAGAAGCCUAUGAUUCUAGAGCUUUUCUUUUCAUGUUCUUCCCAUUGAGGGCUCAUGGAAUCUGAACCUGUCUGGUUUGCUGAGUACUCGGAGUAGCUCCUGGCUCUAUGUGGCUAAGGCCCUUUGUGAUAUAAUUUAUGCUCCUAAUUUCCUCACUUAUCCAAUCCAACUUUGUGUCUUCCUUCUUGCAAAUCAGGGUGAUGCUGUUCCGUUCCAAACUGACUAAAUCCAGCCAUCAUAGCCUGUCAUAAAAUGCCUUUGAUAACCUGGCCCCUGUCUACCUCUGAAACCUUUUCUUCUGCUACUCCACAUAAGAGUAUGUCUAGAAGAGGGUGACCAGGAUGAUGAGAGGAGUAGGAAGUGUGUUACCUGAGUGCAGGUGUUUAGCCUGAAAAAUAUAGAAGAGUUGGGGGGGGGGGCAAGAUAGCUAUUUUCAAGUAUUUGAAGGGUUAUCUUGUGAAAGAGGGAUUUCACUCGUUCUGCCUAACCCUGAAGGACAGAACCAGAAGGAACAGGUAGACGUUGCAGAGGCAGAUUUGGCCUUAAUGUAAGGAAAAAGCUACCCAGCAGUGGGAGGGCAUCACCUCCGGGUGAUGGAUUUUCCUCAUUGGAGGCUUUCUCAGAGGGGAUUCUUGUCGAUUUACAUUUUGGCCUAGUGGCUUCUGAGUUCCCUGUUUCUGGGAUACUCCUCUAGACUCUCUAACCAAGCUGGCCUCCACUUGCUUCCCUCAGCAGAACUUAACCAUUCUUGCAGCAUGGUGUGGUGGAAAGAGCGCUGGUCUUGGAGGCCAAAGGCCUGGUUUCAAAUCCUAUCCACCUCCUAGCUUUGUAACAUUAGAUAAUUCACUUCACCUCUCAGCCUCAGUCUCCUCAUCUGUAAAAUAGGGAUUAGAAGAACCUGCCCUGUCUUAAUCAGGGAUUUUUUUGGAGCAUGUGAAAAUGCUUUGUAAACUUGAAAGCACGAUACAAAUGGAAGCUCUUUGAAUUCCUGCCUCUGUGCCUUUGCCCAUACCGUUUCUCUUACCUGAAAUGCCUUUUCCCUUUUAUUCAGCUCAUUUAGAUACUACCCUUCAAGGGUUAGCGCCUCCUCCAUUAAAUCUGCCCCAACUACUCCCACACUUAGUAUCCUCCUGAACUCCUGUGGCACCCACUGCAGACAAGCAGUAAGUCCUCUGUCACUGAAGGGCUUCAGGUUGAGUCUAGGUGACCGCUCAUCAGGGAUGUUGUAGGGACAGUUCCUGUUCACAUAUGGCUUAGACAAAGUGGCUCUUAACGGUUGUGAGAGUCUGUUGCUACUCUUGUUUGUGUUAUUUAUUUGGCACCUAACAUAUGCUACCUUGUAUUUUGGAUUUAUUAAUGUAUGUGCCCUGGCCCUGCCGCUUACUAGCCAUGUAACCUUGGGUAAAUAUUCUCUGAUCCUCGAUCUAUUUGUCUGUAAAAUGGAGAUAAUGCUACCUGCCCUGCCUGUCACUGGGUUGUUGUGAGGAUCUAUGUGAAAACAUCUUGUGACCUGUGAAGUGCUACCCAAAUGUAAGGUGGUGUUUGUAUUGUCUUUCCAACUUGACUGUACGCCCCACAAAGGCAAAGUAUCUGCUCUUAUCCCUUUCUAUAUCCCCAGGGUUUCGCACUGUGCCCCUCACACAGAUGCACAAUAAAUGUUUAAUGCCAGUG